CGCCGGCCUCACGGCGCCUGCGCGCUGCGGUGCCGGCCGGGUAAGGGGCGGGGCCGCAGCACCUCUGUGCCUCAUUGUCCCGAGCGCCUCCGAACACCGAGCGGGCCGCCGGCACUAUGAAGAUCUGGACUUCGGAGCAUGUAUUUGACCACCCGUGGGAAACUGUUACCACAGCUGCGAUGCAGAAGUACCCAAACCCUAUGAACCCCAGUGUAGUCGGGGUUGACGUGCUGGACAGACACGUCGAUCCUUCGGGCAAGCUGCACAGCCACAGACUUCUCAGCACCGAGUGGGGGCUGCCUUCCAUCGUGAAGUCUAUUAUUGGUUCAGCAAGAACCAAAACAUACGUGCAAGAACAUUCUGUAGUUGAUCCUGUGAAGAAAACAAUGGAACUCAAAUCUACUAAUAUUUCUUUUACAAAUAUGGUUUCAGUAGAUGAGAGACUUAUAUACAAACCACAUCCUCAGGACCCAGAAAAGACUGUCCUGACUCAGGAAGCCAUAAUCACGGUGAAGGGAGUCAGCCUGAGCAGUUACCUGGAAGGACUGAUGGCCAGCACAAUAUCUUCCAAUGCUAAUAAAGGCCGAGAAGCAAUGGAAUGGGUAAUACGUAAAUUAAAUGCUGAGAUUGAAGAAUUGGCAGCUUCAGCAAGAGGAAGCAUAAGGACACCCAUGGCGGCGGCGGCUUUUGUAGAGAAAUGAUAGAGAACAUUGGUACACAGCGCCAGGUCUCUCCAAGCUGACAAUGUAUUUAUUUGUUAUUUUUUAAAAAACAACUAUAUUUUAGGUCGAUUUUUUUUUUAUAAACUGGAGUAAAGCUUUGUGAUUUUCAUCAAAACAUAAAGUACAGGUGUUGUAAAUCACAGGGAUCAUCUGAUGUGAGUAUAACUUGAAAUAACUAAUUGUUAGGGUUGCAGUAUUUAUUGAAAUGUAACUUUUUAUAAAAGCACUAGGAAAAAUUAAUAUUGACAGUGAGUCUUCACAAGGUGGAAUAUUGAAGCUUUUCAGACAGCAGGACUUUCCCUGCUGUGGACCAAGCAGAGCCGCCUUUACACGCACAGGUUGCUGUGCUGCUGCAAACUAGACCUGGGGGGUACUUAAAAGGAGGGAUCACAUAGUUGUAAAAGACAUUAAUUAAUUUGUAUAAAAUAACUUGCUGUGCUAGAAACCACCGUGUUUUGAUCGAGUACUUAAAUGACAGUU